AUGUAUAUCAAGACUGCCAUCCUCUUCCUCGCCGCCUCGGCCCUGUCCCUGCCCACCGCUCAGGAUGGCCACCACAAGCGUGCCGCCGUUCUGACCAAGCAGAGCUACGCCGACUUCCAGGUCAGCGACGGAGUUGCUGGAAACGCACUCGCCGAGGUCCAGGCCAAGUUCCCUAUCGACGAGAACGACCUGGCAAACGUCGACCCGGCCGACGCAGCCAUCAUCAAGGCCGCCAGGACGACCGCUGAGGACGCUGAGGUCGGCACGGGCGGUUUCAACGACGCGAUCGCCGCCGCCAGUGGUGCCGAUGCCGACGCCCUCCAGGUCGGCAAGAUCAAGAACAAGGUCCUGAAGCUCAAGCUCGAGGUCCUCGACCUUUCGAUCGACCAGGCCCAGAACGGCAAGGACAACGCCGACAAGAUCGCCGCCGAGCAGAAGAAGCUCGACACCAACAUCGCCACCGACAAGAAGUCCGCCGGCGACGCUAGCCAGUCGGUCAACUUCACCGGUAACUAG